UACCAAGGAGAUUUAGAAACCUUUUUUUUGGUUGAAUUUUCCAAUUAUAGCCUUAUUUCUGUUCGUAAGAGUCGCACACCGGUGUCUACAAGCGGAAAAACUAGUUGAAACUGAGUUUAUGCAAAAAUAUUAACACGAUAUACUGUAGUGAACGAAAUCGUUUCCGUCCGCGUCUUUGGCUUUGCCGAUAAACCCCCCUCAAAACCCUACUGCCGUUUGAUAUUUACGAACCACCACCAGAGCAGAGCAGACAAUGAAAAUGUCAUUACCAUUUUCUUCGCCACUAUUCUUGCUUCCCGAACCUUUGUUCUCCGAAUCCCGUGGAAUAUCUAAUUCACAUGGGUUAUGGAGAAGGAACACUGUGAAGAGACCGUUACUAGUGGUGAAAGCAGGUCCGAAGAGAAUAGAAUUCGACAGAAAGUGCAGAGAUGCUCUGCUUUCUGGGAUCAAUAAGCUUGCCGAUGCUGUUUCUGUGACCCUAGGACCUAAGGGGCGAAAUGUGGUCCUUUCAGAGUCUGAGACACUUAAAGUGAUAAAUGAUGGUGUUACCAUUGCCCAAGCUAUAGAGCUUCCUGACACAAUUGAGAAUGCUGGAGCAGUGCUAAUCCAAGAGGUUGCAACAAAAACAAAUAGGUCAGCUGGUGAUGGUACAACAACUGCAAUUGUAUUGGCUCGAGAAAUGAUUAAAUCUGGAUUGUUGGCUAUCACAAAUGGGGCUAACCCUGUUUCUUUGAAAAAAGGAAUGGAUAAAACAGUAAAAGAAUUGGUCAGAAGUUUGAAGGAGAAAAGUUAUGCUAUAAAAGGAAGUGAUGACAUUAAAGCUGUAGCUUCAUUAUCUGCUGGAAAUGAUGAAUAUAUUGGGGACUUAAUUGCUGAAGCUAUUGAGAAAAUUGGUCCCGAUGGAGUGAUAUCGAUUGAAUCUUCUUCAUCGUCUGAAACUUAUGUGACAGUUGAAGAAGGAAUGAAGAUAGAUAAAGGGUACAUGUCGCCGCACUUUGUGACAAACAAGGACAAAUCUAUAGUGGAAUUUGAAAAUGCAAGAAUUCUGGUGACGGAUCAAAAGUUAUCCGCUGUGAAACAUAUUGUUCCUCUGCUGGAAAAGGCUACACAAUUGAGUGUCCCUUUGCUGAUUAUUGCUGAGGAUAUAUCAAUCAAAGUGCUGGAAACUCUAGUUGUGAAUAAGCUGCAAGGUGUGCUUAAUGUUGCUGUUGUGAAAUGUCCAGGAUUUGCAGAGGGGAAGAAAGCAAUACUGCAAGAUAUUGCGCUUAUGACAGGAGCUGAUUUUCUUUCUGGAGACUUGGGCCUGACUCUUGAAACUGCAACUUCUGAUCAGCUUGGUAUUGCACGGCAUGUAACCAUAACGAGCAAUUCUACCACUAUAGUUGCCGACCCGUCAACGAAAGCUGAAAUACAAGCAAGAAUUAUGCAGAUAAAGAAAGAUCUUGCUGAGACAGACAGCAAAUAUCUGGCAGAAAAGCUUAGUGAGCGGAUUGCGAAGCUUUGUGGUGGAGUGGCUGUAAUCAAAGUUGGCGCUCAUACAGAAAUUGAACUUGAAGAUCGAAAACUAAGGUUAGAGGACUCAAAAAAUGCUACUUUCGCAGCCAUGGCUGAAGGUGUGGUUCCUGGUGGUGGAGCCACCUAUAUACAUCUAUCAAAGCAAAUACCUGCACUAAAGAACGUCUUUCAAGAUCCUGAUGAGCGGAUCGGUGCAGACAUUGUUGGAAUGGCGCUUCUUGCACCUGCAAAAUUGAUUGCAGCAAAUGCAGGAAUUGAUGGAGCUGUAGUAGUGGAAAAAAUAAAAGCUUGUGAUUCAAGAGUUGGGUAUAAUGCAAUGAACGGGAGAUAUGAAGAUCUUAUGGCUGCUGGAGUCAUUGAUCCUUGCCGGGUUACACGAUGUGCACUUCAAAAUGCUGUCUCUGUUGCUGGUAUGAUCCUUACUACUCAAGCCAUACUGGCUGAGAAAAUCAAGAAACCUAAGCCACUCGUUCCUGAUGUUCCUGGUAUAUCUCCUCCCUAAAGAUUUGAGUUAUGAGAAAAUUGUAGAGCUAUACAAGAAAUUGAACGCCAGAGAAUCAGCGGUUUCCUCAUUGUUUGAGGCAAAUUCCUAUUUGUUAGUGCAAGAUUUAUGGUACCACAUUAGAACCUAAAAAAGUCAACCACAGGAGGAUUUUUGGGGAGGGGACAUCAGUUCCUUUCUGUUGAAGGUGGUCAAUUGUGCAGUCCUGCUCAGAUAGUACAUGGGUAAACAUUCUAACGUCCAUGAAAGAAAACUUGGCAUGCUUCA